AUGGGCAGUUGGACUGGCUUUCUGUUGACCUACCUGCUGGGUGGUGUCACCUUCAUCCCUCUUAUCGUCAUCGCCGUCUUACUGCAUGCGCAUCUCACCUUCCCCGUUCGUGACGACGCCGAGACCACACGCGACGAUGACACCGACGGUAUAGUCCAGCCAGGCGACGAAACGACCCAUCUCAAGGCGGCACAGAAGGACGGAAUACAGAAGCUCAAAGCUGAGUCGGAUGUGGCGGCUGGAUACUUCGCAGUAUGUCGUGAAUAUACGCCCAUGGGCAUCAAUGCCAAACCGAUCGAACGUUCCACCCCCAUGGGAUCCACCACCGUUGCUGCCCCGAGCCCGAGUGUAUAUCAAUCCAUGUACAGAAGCAUAUUCGACAGGAAACAACCCUCGAGCCCCCUAGAUGACCACAAGAGCGUUAGCCAGCGGCCGAAGAAGGCAGGCAAUGUGUUCUACGUUGUGCUCAGACAUGGCCACCUGAUGUUAUUCGACGACGACGAACAACUUGAGGUCCGACACGUAGUUUCGUUAGCCUAUCACAAUAUCAGCAUCUAUUCCGGAGCAGACCGUACUCCAGAAGGCGAGCUGUUCAUCAAGCGGAAUGCGCUGUGUCUGAGUAGAAAGGUGGAUGGCAAGGAGCUGGCGCCCGACACACAACUAUCCAAACCAUUUUAUCUGUUCUCCGAGAACUGCUCUGCCAAGGAGGACUUCUACUUCGCUAUGCUCAGGAACCAAGAGCAGAGCUUUGCUACCCAUAACGGCACCGCUAAACCACGACGGUUCGAUGUUAAGAACAUCAUAUCGCUAGUCCAACGGCUGCACUCUUCCGAGGAUCAUCUUCAGACUCGGUGGUUGAACGCGUUCCUGGGCAGGAUAUUUCUUGGCGUUUACAAGACGAAGGACAUCGAGAACCUGAUCAAGGAGAAACUCACGAAGAAGAUAGCUCGCGUCAACCGACCCUCUUUCCUCACAAAGAUAGCGAUCCAGAACAUAGACACGGGUGACUCGGCGCCAUACAUCACUAAUCCUCGGCUCAAAGACCUGAAUGUGGAGGGCGAAUGUGUGAUGGAAGCGGACAUCAAGUACACCGGGAACUUUAGGCUGGAGGUAGCCGCCACAGCUAGGAUCGAUCUAGGCGCGCGAUUCAAGGCUCGAGAGGUCAACCUUGUGCUAGCCGUGGUCUUGAGAAAGCUCGAAGGGCAUGUGUUUUUCAAGAUCAAACCACCACCCAGCAACCGUAUCUGGUUCUCUUUUCACACCACGCCUAAGAUGGAGAUGACCAUUGAACCGAUUGUCAGCUCCAGACAAAUUACGUACACGAUGAUCCUGCGGCAGAUCGAGAAUAGGAUCAAGGAAGUAGUGGCGGAAACCCUUGUCUCACCUUUCUGGGAUGAUAUCCCAUUCUUCAACACAGAGCACAAGCAUUGGCGCGGAGGUAUCUUUGAAGGCGAUAAUGCCGUCGAGCACUCACCUGACUACGAGGAAAUCGCUGCUCAGCUUGGCCAUGUCGAUGAAGUCGGACAGAUGGAACAUGAAGGGUCUCCCACGCCUCCUGAUCUGCCAAUGGAAAAGAGUCAGAGUAUGCCUUUCGCUGAAAACAACCAAUCGCCGGGAUUCUGGAGCCGCAAACUGCACAUGAAGAAGAGUUCAAUAGGCAGUGGAAACCAGUCGGCAUCGGCUUCUACAUCGGUUCUUGUAGGGAGAAACUCAUCGAGCUCCACGCCCGAGGCGCCUCGACCCAUACGAAAAGGCUCGUUUUCUGCCUCCAGCCCUGUCGUUGCAACAGAUCCCGCGCAUGCAGAGGCAUAUCGACCGUCCUCAACAGCUCAAGACCGCGAUGAUGCUGCCAGUCAGAUGGCAAGUAUCUCUGCCAAAUCUCAGAACGGCUCGCCAGUGGAGACCCCGGCCAGCUCCCCUUCUAAGGCGCCGUCAUUGAACGAAGCUGGUAGUUUGUCUUCAGACUCGCCUUCAGAGGCCACUGCCGAGUCGCAGGAUAAUGAGCGCACUCCUACAGGACAAGGACGCCGGAACACUUCGUCCUCUACAGGUAGCACUGCCAGUGACAAUGGGCCCCCGAGCUCCCCUGUACCGUCUAGCAGGAGGAACUCGAUCAAGAGCGGGACGGGCUCCAUCGGACGAGGUUUCUUUUCACGAAAAGAACCAUCCUCGCCCGUCCCCAGCAACGGAACACCAGAGCACAAACGCAAUACGCUGGCCGCGGUGACUACUGCUGCUGCUACGGCAAAGCGUUGGGGCUGGAAUGCUAUACAGCGCCAGGGCGAAAGGAAUGCCAACGGACGCAAGCUCUCGGACCCUACAGUGGACUUGAAUCAGCCUAUGGGGCGUGGACAGCCGCUGCCGCCUCCCGGAACACCAUUACCGGGACCAGGGAAGAAGGCCACACCGACACCCGUGUCAAAGAGGAAGACGGUCGCCCCACCGCCGCUACCUUCGCGUCAGAGCAUGGGGAAUACCAAUGGUCACAAGAGCGACCGCCGACCAGUGCCUCCGCCUCCUCUUCCGAGACGGCGACGGGUCUCCCAUAUUCACUCAAGUGUACCCCACGAGGAAAACGAUUUCGUCCUCGAAGCACCUGCCGAGUCUGAGCCUGGUUCACCUCCGCCACAUGAUUCGCCUCCUUAUGUGCGGCCCUGGGCAGAGGAUGCCGAAGGACCGGAAGAGAGCGAGAACUUGGCACCUGACGAGCCACUGCAGGAGUCACAUGUGCCUGCAAGAGACGUAGGUGGUGAUACAAGUGACGCAGUAGAAGAACGAGCACCAGCAGCAGCGGAGACCGCUGACGAAGACGACUAUUCGAACUGGAUAGACAAUCCAGAGUUCAAACAAGAAGAUAAUAGUGCGGCGAAGGUCGAACAUUGA